AGUGGAAGGCCUGAAGGUAGUGGAGAUUGAGAAAUGCAAGAGCGACAUUAAAAAGAUGAGGGAGGAAAUGGCAGCAAGAAGCAGCAGGACUAACUGUCCCUGCAAGUACAGCUUUUUGGAUGAAAACAAGAGGCCGACUCCCCGGCGGGAUGUACCAUCCUACCCAAAGUACAUGCUGUCCCAGGAGACCAUAGAAGCCCUUCGGAAACCAACCUUUGACGUCUGGCUGUGGGAGCCCAACGAGAUGCUGAGUUGUUUGGAACAUAUGUACCAUGAUCUUGGGUUGGUAAAAGACUUCAACAUCAAUCCUAUCACGUUAAAGAGGUGGUUGUUGUGUAUUCAUGAUAAUUACAGAAACAACCCCUUUCAUAAUUUCCGGCACUGCUUCUGCGUGACCCAGAUGAUGUACAGCAUGAUCUCGCUCUGCAGCCUCCAGGAGAAAUUUUCCCAAAUUGACAUCUUGAUUCUCAUGACUGCAGCAGUAUGCCAUGACUUGGACCAUCCGGGCUAUAACAAUACCUAUCAGAUAAACGCACGAACCGAGCUUGCGGUACGCUACAAUGACAUCUCCCCACUGGAGAACCACCACUGUGCUGUGGCUUUCCAGAUCAUUUCCCAGCCAGAAUACAACAUUUUCUCCAACGUCAACCAGGACCAAUUCAAACAGAUAAGACAGGGGAUAAUUACGUUAAUCCUGGCUACAGACAUGGCGAGACAUGCAGAAAUACUGGACUCUUUCAAGGAAAAAAUGGAAAAUUUUGAUUACUCAAAUGAAGAACACAUGACCUGUCUGAAGAUGGUACUGAUAAAAUGCUGUGAUAUCUCCAAUGAAGUCCGCCCGAUGGAAGUAGCAGAGCCCUGGGUAGAUUGCUUACUAGAGGAAUAUUUUAUGCAGAGCGACCGAGAAAAAUCUGAGGGGCUUCCAGUCGCACCGUUCAUGGACCGCGAUAAAGUGACCAAGCCGACAGCACAGAUCGGCUUCCUGAAGUUCGUUCUCAUCCCCAUGUUCGAAACAGUAACAAAGCUAUUCCCAGAAGUGGAGGAGGUGAUGCUCCAGCCCCUUUGGGAAUCCAGAGACCGCUAUGAGGAAUUAAAACAGAUAGAUGAUGCUAUGAAAGAGUUGCAGAAAAAGAAAAGUGAAAGUUUGACCAUCGGCAGUAGCGAAAAGUGA